AUGUCUCUUACUCCCUCCUCUGAGUCCAACACUGGUGGCGCACUUGCCACCCCUCCUUCUGCCAUAGUUGUUCCUCAGUCCCCACCCUCGGCGCCCGUCAUGCGAGCCACCAGUGGCAUCAGCAAGAAGCUCGAGAAGAAGGGUGCCCAGUUUGCCCUCCAGUAUGAUUUGUUCCGUUCCGUUCAGGCGAUCAUCGACGCGGGCCGUGCUCGGGAUCCUGACGCUGCAGCGGGUACAUACUCAUCCUGGGAGCGCAAGCUUCAUGCCCUCUACGAUAGUCUCCUUGCCAUUGCACCUGAACUGGCCGACGAGCUGGCAGUUCGUGGAUCUACUGGCUCCACAGAGCUUGCUGAAAUGAUCGAACGUGGGCGUACCCGCGAUCGCAACAAUAUCGUGAACACUUGCAAAACGGGAAUACGUGAUUGGAUCGAAUUCAGCCCCCCUCUCCCGAUGGAAAAGCAAUAUCGUGGCUUCAACUGUGAGUCAUCGGGGCAUUUCAUCUGCCCCGUCGUAUACGACUAUGGCGACGUGAAAGUACGCGCCGCGCUCCUCGAAUAUCAUGCGGACUAUCCUGCGGGAGCAGAAGACUAUCCAGCACUGUUAUGGCGGGACAAUCGUGCCGACAGGACCGACUUCUUUAAGGGUUUCGGCGAGGGGUGCUUGAUUUGCAAGGCUCUACAGCACAUCCUCAUUGCACCGUCAGUUGCAAAAUCUAGUGAUGGUGUUACCUCACACUCGAACCGCAAGGGCCGUGCUCGGAUCUACAACCUUCGGACUGUCACGCCGGCAAUGAUUGCAUACGCCGCAUCCAUGGUUGUGUUCGGCGCGGGAUCGGAGGAGGAGCGGGGGAAAUUCUGGUAUGAAGGGUUCUACAACUCCCUGAUCCGGACCAUCGAGGACGUCAUGCCUGAAGACCGCCGAGCGGCACUUCUCUCAUUCCAUGCUGCAAGGGUCAUAUCGGCUACCCAGGAGGUCGAGGCAACGGCACGUCGUGUCAACAGCGUCGCCUACUACAUGGCUGCUCAAGCUUAA